AUGUCAAGUUGGAGCAGCAUGAAGACGCGAAUAACCGCCUCGGUGCGCACCACAAAUCGCAUGAAUGCGCUGCUCUCCGAAUCGAUGCUAACCCGUCGACGGGCCCUCCAGCAUCCCAGCGGGGAGGGCGAGCUGGUCGACGGAGAGCGCAAGGAGAAGCCAAAAAAUGAUUGGAAAUUCUUUCACACCAAUUUCAAUAUGGAACGUGCGCAGAAAAUCAUCGAAGAUUGCAUUGAGGAGCGUCUGCUGUGGGAUCGAUUCAGUCGCAAUUUUGACUCGUGGCGAGCUUUGCAGCUGGUGGAGAGCCUGGCGGCGGAAAUACGCGAUCGGGUCAAGAAGUUAAACCACAGACGGCAUCGCAUCGUUUGUCUGCUGUCCAUCGUGGAGAAACAGAAUCAGGGCAUCUACAUGAGCAUGUGCCACCUGAUGGACGAGAAGCGGGAUAAUUUUACGCAAUUUGUAUUCGAACGGCCCACAUACUUUAUGAUUGUUGUGCUCUACCUGGUGUACCAGGACUAG